AUGCGACGCCAAUCGUCCUUGUCUGAUAGCAGGACAGCUCUCCAGCAGCACCUGAGAUCGAAAAAAACUUCGACAGCGCAUCACUAUCCGUGCGCACGAUCCAUCUACUGUGUAGCUAUGUCUAUGUCUCUGAAGGCUUCCUCCAGCCCUCUCGCGGCUGUGAUUCAGCCUUCCAACAAUCUCUUGAUCCUUCUCGUUCUCACCGCAAUUUGCAUUGUGGUGCCUCUUGACCUGACCCAGCUCAUUUUCGCUUGCCUCGGAGCAUUCUGUUACUAUGUGGUGCAGCUGCUCCAGCGCUCCGUCUCCGUUCCUGCCAUCAGCAGCUCGAAGAAGCUGAAAGCCGCCAGUGCCACGGACUCCGAUUCGUCCAGCGAGCGUCCUGUCCGCGAGGUUCGCAAGCCGAAGCGUAUCCUUACGACGACGAGGAAGCCUGGUGCUCACGUGGACACACAGGCUCAAACACCCGCCGUGCCAAUUGUCGCCCCCAAAUUUCAAGGACAAAGCCUUCAAGAGGAGGUUCAGGAGCUCGUGUCGCAGAUCAUGCCCACGGCCGCCAGCCAGCGUGGAGUGGAUCGUCUUGCUGAGGCGAUUCGCGUUAUGCUGGCCAACAGCCUCCCCGAGGUGGAAGUGGUGGGGUUCGCGAGCAGUGACCUUUCACGAGGGCGUGCAAACGGUGUGGCCGUGCCGGACGUGGACAUCGUGAUCAACGUUCGCCCCGACCGUGUGUCCCCGAAGGUUGCCUCACGCCCUGCGAAGGUGUCAUCUGAUCCUCGAAUGCUGCAGAAGUGGGCGCUGCGCCACUGUGCGGACCGCUUGGUGUCGGCGGGUGGCUUCAAAUUCCGGCGCUCGGGCUUCCGUGGGAACGAGCCGAAGAUGACUCUCCUGGUUCCAACUGAGCUUGGCAUUUUCAACCAGGCCGUGCCCAUCGACAUUGCUGUGAACGCUGUCGCGCCGCUGCACAGCGCGGCCUUGCUCACGGAAUGUGGCAACAUCAACCCGCGCAGCAAGGAGCUCAUCCUGAUCAUACGACGCUGGGCAAAGGACCGGGGAGUUUGCCAUGCGCCCAAGGGCCACUUGUCACCAUAUGUGUGGAGUUUGUUGGUGGUGUACUACCUACAGGUGGCUGAGCGGUCUGAAGGGGCCCUUCUGCCACCGAUGGAGGAGUUCGAGGCCAUUGCGAACCUCCUGCCCGACCGCAGCAACAAGAAGAGCCUCAGCCUCUGGCAGACCAAGGAGGAGAUGCUGAACGUCCCGCUGGCACAACUGCUUUGUGGCUUCAUGCAGUUCUACAACAACUUCCCCUGGAAGCAGCAGGCAGUCUCUGUUCUCAGGGGCACUUCGGGACCGGCCCCACUGUCGCUGCCAAUCAACCUUAUCGAGCACGAUGACGGGAAGACCGUGGAGUGCGGGCCGAACAUCGAAGAUCCCUUCGCGCCGAAGACCAACCUGGGAAGCAGCAUGACGUGGUGGAGCUUUCAACGUUUGCGAGAGGAGCUCGCGAGGGCGGCCUCCCUCUUGUCCGACGACACUGCGCUGGGGCCUUGUCGAUCUUUACUGCGUUGCUUGCCGAGCCUACGUUGGAACUAG